AAAACAGUAUAAAGAGACCAGAGUCUGCAGAAACCCACCAGAAGACUGAGAAGCUGCCUGGUUCUCGUCUCCAGCCGUCAUGAAGCUUUACGGAGCUCUGAUCCUGAUCUUGAUGGUGUCCUCAGUGUGUGGAUUACAAUGCUUCUCCUGUGAGAAAUCCACCCCUGAAUCCUGCACCAAAAAUACAACUUGUGAUGCUGGACUCGACCAGUGCUGGUCCAGCAAAACAGACGGUCAGGUCACUAAAGGCUGUACGAAGGGUAAAUGUGAACCUCCUAUGGUUUGUUGUAAGACGGACUUGUGCAACAGCGCAACACCAGCUGGUUCCAGCGUCCUCUUCCUCCUGGUGUCCUCGUCCAUCGUCACAGUCUUCCUCUGAAGGACACGAAGAAGAUUUGAUCUUUUCUCGAUGAUUAAACCUGUAAAAUCUGUCAAAGAAAACAGAUCUUUCAAUAAAAGCAGGAUGAUCAAUCA